AUGGCCAUUUCAGAUGGAGCGGUUGAAAUACCAGCGUUGGGCCGCCCAUUUCAGCUUGGGAUGCUGUAUGACUGCCGCAAAGAUGCCCUCAUCCCAGGUAAAGCCGAUGGGGAGAUCACUUUGGUUGCCAUGUCUGGGAUGGAACAUGGCACUCAAAAUGAAACACACUUACACAAAGACUCCAAGGGAGAUGACUUCAGCUUCUUCCAGAAUAGGGAAGAAUUAUUGGUUAUAUGAUGCAGGGCUGGGUUAGUGAGCCCUUUGUCAACAAGGUAUCAUUACUGAUGGACUCUGUUAGAAGCAAGAAAGCUUCCUCCAGAAAAUGGAACUCAUAUCCAAUAUAGAAGAAAAAGGGAUAGAAACUUUGACAAAGGAAUGCAAGCAAAAAUUAAGAGAUGCUUAAAAAGAAUUGGGGGAGUACCAUAUUUUUCUCUAUAAGACGCAUCAGACCACAAGACGCGCCUAGUUUUUGGAGGAGGAAAACAAGAAAAAAAAUAUUCUGAAUCUCAGAAGCCAGAACAGCAAGAGGGAUCGCUGCGCAGUGAAAGCAGCAAUCCCUCUUGCUGUUCUAGUUUAUGUGAUAGCUGUGCAGCCUGCAUUCACUCCAUAAGAUGCACACACAUUUCCCCUUACUUUUUAGGAGGGAAAAAGUCUUAUAGAGCAAAAAAUACGGUACAUUAUGAAAAACAUUAAAACCAGCAACAGGAAGUUCUUUAAAUACCUUUGUAGCAGGAGACCAUCUAUGGAGGAGGUUGGACACUUUGAUGACAAGGGAGUCAAAGGACUGCUAAUGGAGUAUAAGGAGAUUGAGGAGAAGCUGAAUGAAUUAUUUGCAUCUGUCUUCAUGACAGAAGACUGAGGGCCGAUCCCAGUGCCUGAACUAACGUACUCAGGAAGAGAGUUUGAGAGGAAAUGAGACAGGUUGUGGUGACAAAUCAGGUCAGGAUAGCAUCCACUUGAGUUCUUAAAGCACUUAAUUGUGAUAUUCUUUGAGAAUAUCAGAAAGCAUAUAGAUUCCUGUGGCACAUAAUUCACAAAUGCUGCUCACCAAGAGGACAUUCUUGGGGGCUUUAGCAAAUCAGCAUGGGACACAGAAAAUGAGUUUCCUAUGCUGAAGAGAAACAAAAAAUAAAAUAAAAACUGUGACAGUUGAAGGUGUCCACAGGGAAGCACAAUCAUCUACAGGGUUCACAUGCCUCCUACUAUCAUCUCUAGUAAAACAAUUUUUAAGUCUUUGCACAAUGCUUUAGAAAAGGUGCAAAGCUGUUUGACUUGGGGUGAAACUGAGACCAAAGAAUUAGUGUACUCACCAUGGACAAUGGUGGCUUUAUUCUACCACAAUUAAUACCUGUUGUUUCCCCAUACAUCCUAAGCAUUUCAGGCAGCAGUGCUGCCCAUUUAUCUGAACAUAACUAAAGCCUUGUGUGUUUGUUUUUCUGCUUCAUUCAAGGGGUCACCCUUUGGGACCCGGACUCACUUCGGAAGGACUUGAGUAUCCAAAGGCAGCCCAAGACUGAAAUUGAGAUCAUUGCUUCUGAUUCUAUUGAAGAUAAGACCUCUGCCCUCAAUGCCUCAGCAUCACUCAGAGUCAGUUUUCUGGGGGGGCUGGUUGAAGUGCAAGGAUCAGGCAAAUUCCUUGAAGACACCAAAAAGUUUGGGCAACAGACCAGAGUCACUCUGCAGUACAAAGCUACCACGAAAUAUGCUCAACUGACGAUGAGCCAUUUGGGAAUCAAAACAUCUCUUACCCAUCUGUAUUUGAGCAUGGCAUGGCUACCCACGUUGUCACUGCCAUCUUCUAUGGCGCCCAGGCUUUUUUUGUAUUUGACCGAGAAGUCUCUUCUUCUGAGUCUGUAAAAGAGAUAGAAGCAGAACUCCGAGGUGCAAUCCAGCUCUUUAUAGUCUCUGCUGAAGGGAAACUGGCCUUCAAAACAACAGAGAGGGAGAGGAACUACACUCAGAAGUUCCGCUGCAAAUUCCAUGGAGAUUUUGUUCUGGAGAGGAAUCCAGUGACUUUCCAAGAUGCCAUGCAAACAUACGCCAUCCUUCCUGCAAUGCUGGGGAAGGACGGGGAGAGGGCUGUGCCUGUAACAGUUUGGCUGUACCCACUGACCAAGCUGGAUUCCCAAGCAGCUAAGAUGGUGCGUGAGAUCAGCUUGGCCCUGGUCUUUGAUAGUCAAGCCAUCAUGGAGCAACUGAAUGAAAUCAGGAUGAGAUGCAAUGACUUGACAAACACCCGCAUUGCGAACAUCUUCCCAGAAAUAAAGAUGAAAAUCAAGAGAUUCAAGGAUUUGUGCAAGCAGCACAGGCAGACUUUCCAGAAACACCUGGCAGGAAUCCUGCCUUCUAUCAGAGGAGGGGGUAAAAUGGAACAAGCACUGGUGGAGAUCUUCAUUUCCAUUAACCAGUCUCCCUUCAACAGCCAAAGACUCAACGAGUUUCUGGAUGCCAAGGAACGAGAGAUUAAUUUGGUGAACUCUUACCUUAAUAUUCUACAUGGGAUGGAAGUCAUCUCCUCCAAGAACAAACUGGAAGAAAUAGUGCUAAGCCCUGCAAAUGAGUUUGUUCUCACAUUUACCUUCAGUUCUUUACAUGACGAGGAACCAUUUUUAACCAGCUUACAACAAUGGCUUCAGAAGCCAGCAAGAGGACAGACAGAGCAUUGGAAAGCCUGGUUUGAGCAAAGAGAGAGAACCCGAAAAGCUCGAAAAACUGCCAAAUCUCUUAUGGAUUUUGCCCAAGUCAAUGAAUCCAAUGGGAAGAUCCGGUUCCUUGUGGCUUCUGUCCUGGAUCAGGACAAUCCAGGAGCUUCCAUUUACCUCUAUGAAGAUGGGGAGAUGGUCAACAGCAACUUUGAGCUGCCCUCAAAACCUCUCCCUCCCUUGGUUGGCCGAAUUGGACAUGACCAUGUGCAGCUGACAUUUCAACCUGCGGAGUAUGGGAGGGCUUCAAUCUCCAGCUAUCAAGUAGAGUACAAGACUGCAGGAGAAGGAAACUGGGAGAUUGUGAGUACAGACAACAGUCAGGAGACAUUCCACGUGAAAGGGUUGAGGCCAGACUCAGAAUACCAGUUUCGAUACACUGCUAGGAGCAAACCAGGACUUAGUGAGACUAGUGAUUUGAGUAGAUCUGUACAGACACUUCCUACCAGCCCUCCUGGGAAACCGAGAGAGAGAACUGUAGAGUCUUCCAAAAUCAGUCUUGUCUGGGAGAGCCCAAAGGUCAUUGGAGCUGAUAUAAAGGAGUACAAAGUGGAGUACAGGGGGCUGGUGGGCGAUAAGGACAAAUGGAAUGAAAAAAGAACAGGGGCAAGAACAGAGUCCUGUCAGCUGGAUGGGCUGAAGCCUCACAGAACCUACAGACUCAGAGUCUCCGCUGUAUGUUUUGAUGGGGCUGAGAGUGAGCCCAGCGAAGAGACUGAGAUUUCCACAGCAAUGGAACAAGAAGAAGACGGGGCAAAUAUACUAGCUCGAAAAUACCUCCAGGAAAGCACCCUGGUGGAUGAUGGGCAACCAUCCGUGUAUGUACUUCCCCUGGAGGCCACCUCAGAUAGAUCGGCCCCCAUCCAAACAUACCAGCUAGGGAAAGAGAACAUGCAGGUCCCCAACAAAGUAAUCGUGAUGAUGGGGGCAACAGGGUCAGGGAAAACCACUCUCGUCAAUGCCAUGAUCAAUCAUAUCCUGGGUGUGCAAUGGGAAGAUGAUUUCCGAUUCAAACUCAUUCAGGCUGAAAGUCAGUCCUCAGAAGUGACCGCCUACGUAGUGCACCACCAGAAGGGUUUGGAAGUCCCUUAUUCUCUCACUUUCAUUGACACUCCAGGAUUUGGAGACAUGGAAGGUAGGAAGAAGUACAAACAGAUAACAAAGCAGAUCCGGGAGUUUUUCUCCACCCCAGGAGGAACGGAUCAUGUCGAUGUCAUCUGUAUUGUACUUCAGGCCUCCAGUGCUGCCUUAACUCGUGCCCAGAAAUACGUCUUUGACUCUGUGCUCUCCAUUUUUGGGACAGAUAUAAGGAACAACAUCCAGAUCCUGAUCACCUUUGCAGAUGGACAUUCUCUUCCUGUUUUGGAAGCCAUGAAGAAGGAGGAUGUGCCAUGCAUUAAAGAUUCCAGUGGUAGCCCAGUUCACUUCAAAUUCAACAAUUCAGCUCUGUUUGCCAACAAUUCUGAAGAGAAUGAAGGGAACCUAAAUCCUAAUGACAAGUUCUGGAAAAUGAGCACUGCAAGCAUGAAGACAUUUUUUGACACGUUAAGCUUACUUGACAGUGAAAGCUUAACUCUGUCGAAGGAAGUGCUCAGGGAACGGAAGGAGCUAGAAGCCAUCACGGAAGGAUUGCAGCCCCAAAUCAGAGCUGCCCUUGGAAAGCUGGAAGAGUUGAGGAAGACGAGGCAAGCUCUGGAUGAACACAAGUCUGAGAUGGCAGCCAACAUAAACUUUGAGUUUGAAGUAGAAAAAUCUGUGCCACGGAAGGAAGACAUCUCUGCCGCUGGAAGAUUCACAACCAACUGCAUGAACUGUCACUACACCUGCCAUUAUCCUUGCCCGAUCCGGAGAGAUGAGGGCAAGCGCCGUUGUGUAGCUAUCAAUGCAAAUACGGGAAAAUGCAAUGUCUGCCCCGGCCGCUGCGUGUGGAACAUGCACUUCAAUCAGAAAUACCUGUUUGAAUAUAAAGUAACAAAAGAGAUUAAGUCCUAUGGUGAGUUGAAGCAAAAGUAUGAAGACGCCUCUGGAGAGGCGAUGACCCCAGAGAAGGUGCUUGGAAAUCUCAACCAGGAAUACAAAGAGGCUAAGCAAGCCUUAGAAGACCUCAUCCAGAAAUCAUCUCAAAGCCUCCAGCGCUUGCAUCAAAUUGGGUUGAAGCCCAACCCGCUCUCCACUCAAGAAUACAUUGACCUGCUCAUCAUUUCAGAAGAGCAGGAUCUGGAGCCCGGAUGCCAGGAGAGAAUCCAGUUGCUGAAGGAAGUGAGGGAAUCGGCUGAGCUAAGAGAAAACAUUGCAAGCAAGGAGCCUCUGCUGCUGGAGGAGGAGGAUCUGUACAAAGACAGUGAAAUGGAAAGGCAUUCUGCCCUGAAGGCCAGAUUUAGGAAGUUUGUUUGCUUUUGA